AUGAAACUCAUUGGAUUAACAGGAGGCAUAGCUACAGGUAAAUCCACUGUAUCGCGUCUUUUAACCGAACAAGGCUUACCCAUUAUCGAUGCUGACAAGAUUGCACGAGAGAUUGUUGAACCCGGAAGAAAGGCCAACCAAUUGAUUCGACAACACUUUGGUGAUGAAGUGUUUUUACCCGAUGGAUACCUUGAUCGACCAAAGCUGGGCCAGAUCAUUUUUCAAGAUCCCGAGAAACGUAAAAUAUUAAACCACUGCACCCACCCGUAUGUGCGUUGGGAAAUGGCCAAGCAGGCCUUCCUGUAUUGGCUAAGAGGAGCAGACAUUGUUAUUUUUGACGUACCCUUAUUAAUUGAGAGUAAAUUGGAUAGGUUUAUGGGAACUACGGUGGUAGUAUUUUGCUCUGAUAUAUUGCAAUUGCAGAGAUUGAGAAAACGAGAUAAUUUGACAGAGGAACAAGCAAUUCAACGCAUGAAAUCACAAAUGCCCAUGUCGGAGAAAGUAGAAAAGGCCGAUAUAGUUCUAGAUAAUUCAAGCGACAUUCAGCAAUUGGAAAUACAGGUGCGAAAUAUGGUCAAGAAGAUUAAACCUUCCAGAUUGACUUGGUUUUUUGAAUACGCGGGCCCUCCAGUGGCUAUUGCAUUACUAUCGGUGAUUGCAAAACGGUAUGCCCCUAUUUUAUUAAACACCAUUGGUGAUAGUAUUGCCAGCCUGAAAUAA